AUGGCCCGCCGAGCCCUCGCCGCCGCCGCGCCCCCGGUUAGCGCUCCAUCACCGCGCGUACUGCGCAGGCGCGGCCGCCGCGGCCGCCUGGGAAAUGUAGUUCCGCGCUGGGCUCGCCCAGAGCCCGCACGUCCAGCGCCUGGGGCUCACCGGGCGCUGUUGGUGGUAACAUAUAGAAAACGCAUUGGGGAAACUGAGGCACACAGUUGCAGGAAGUGGAGCCCUCAGCAGCCUGGAACGCCGGACGUCUGCUGUCUGGCCCUGGGUGUCACAUCUGCCUCUGCAGCAGGAGGCGGAGAUUGUGGCAGGAAGUCUGUGAACUGGGAGGGGGAGAGGGGGCCUGAUGGGCCAGGAACGGGGUCCCCAGGCAUGAUGCUUGUCCUCCUGGUGCAGCUCUGGGCCCUGCAAGGAGCCUCAAGCCUGCGCGUGCAGCAGGGGCCCCAGCGGCUGCAGGUGAGGCAGGGCAGUCAGGCGACCCUGGACUGCCACGUGGACCAGGCGCCGGCCUGGGAACGGCUCCGUGUUGUGUGGACCAAGGAUGGGAAUGUCACGUGCCAGCCGUACAUCACCAAUGGUCACCUCAGCCAGGGGCUCUGUGGGCCCCAGGGACGACUCUCCUGGCAGGCACCCAGCCACCUCACCCUGCGGCUGGACCCUGUGAGCCCCAGCCACAGCGGAACCUACGUGUGCAAGGCGAUCAUAGAGAUUCCUGACUUGGAGAAGGCUGAGGGCAAUGGAACUUGGCUCUCGGUGGACCCAGAUGAUACCCCACAGAACAGAAACCUGACCCCAAGCUUCCGAGGACUCCUCUUCGUGCCGCUGGGGGUGGGGAGCGUGGGUGUGGCUGCAAUGGUGCUAGGCGCCUGGUUCUGGGGCCGCCGCCACUGCCAGCAAAGGGACUCAGGUAACAGCCCAGGAAAUGCAUUCUACAGCAACGUCCUAUACCGGCCCCGGGAGACCCCAAAGAAGACUGAGGACUCAUCUGGAGACGGGAAGGACCAGAGAGGCCAGAGCAUUUAUUCAACCUCAUUCCCGCAGCCGGUCACCUGCCAGCCCCGCUUGGCGCCCAGACCUUGCCCCAGCCCCAGGCCUGGCCACCCCAUCUCUAAGGUCAGAGUCUCUCCUAACCCAGGCCCCACUGGGCAGCCAAGGCCAAGAGAGUUCCCCAAACCGGGAGAGAAGUAAGAGAUCCCAGGGGACCCCAAUGAGACCCCACCCAUAGGUACACACAAAAAAGAGGGCAUUGAGGCUGGGCAUGGUGGCUCACGCCUGUAAUCCCAACACUUUGGGAAGCCGAGGCUGGUGGAUCACUUGAGGUCAGGGGUUCAAGACUAGCCUGGCAUGAACCUGGAGGUUGCAGUGAGCUGAGAUUGCACCAAUGCACUUCAGCCUGGGCUACCGAGUGAAACUUCAUCUCAAAAAAAAAAAAAUUAAAAAAAUAAAAAGAAGACAGGGGAGGACUGGGAGUCUGGCAGCCCCAUCCUGAGACCCUGUUCUCAUUUCUGUGAUGAUGGAUCUCCCCCCAACUUUUCCCCCAAGACAACUUAAUAAAGGCUUGUGAA